AUGGUCCGUGAACCAGUUGCCAGGUUAACUUCUUGCGCUGGAAUGACGUGCCACGCACGUCGAGAAUUUUUCGUCCCAAAAUUGCAAUACUUUCUCAGUUUUUAAGUAUAUUUAAAUAUAACCCAGGCAAAAUAAAUGAUAAAUUUAUUACUUCUUAGUAACAAUUUCUAUCAUACCGACGAGUUCAAAAAGAAAGCAACGAAUUAUUGUAUACAGUUUGGUCACUCGUUAUGGUCCGUGAACCAGUUAUCAGUGCAAAAGCCACGGCUGAAUAGCGGAUCGAGUCCUGGAAGCGGUGGUGAUGGCCAGGCGCAGAUCGUUGGCGCGGGUGUGAUCGGACCGGCAAGUGCCGAAAAGAACUGCAAGAGCGUGCACCUGACCGCGAAGCAGCAGGCGAUAUGCUCCCGCUCGCCGCCAGUCUUGCAG